ACGCAAAGCAUUGUGGGAUCUGGUCUGAUGGUGAAGUCAAGAUGGCUGUGGACGUCAGGCAGAGGGAAGAGCCUGCAGUAAGAAGGCCGUGAAUGAAGUUUUGAAUAGGAAAUCCUUCGUCGCUGCUUGUUUACACCUAAAUCACCGUGCUGUAAAACUUGCCUGUGGAGGACUUGGUACAUUCGUAAACAGCAACAGAAACAAACAAACCGAGGAACAGAGUCUCGUAUGAAUUCCGACGAGAAGGAGGACUGUGAGUGUACGCCACCACAGGCUGAGACUAGCCCCGAAGGAGGACCAUAUAGAGACCACGAGGAGCCUGAAAUCGAAAACCCAGAAGCAAGCCGAAUGAAGCGAGCAGCUGCCAAACAUCUAAUAGAGCGUUAUUACCACCAGUUAACAGAGGGCUGUGGGAAUGAAUCAUGCUCCAACUUAUGGUGUGCCUCAUCAGUCGGCUUCAGCCGCAUGGAUAACAAUGCAGCAGCGGUCAAAGCCCUGGAGCUCUACAAGGUCAAUGCUAAGCUAUGUGACCCCCACCCCUCCAAGAAAGGCACCGCCUCAGCCUACCUGGAGAGCAGCACACACAGCAACUCCACCUGCAGCAACAGGAACAUGACCCAUAAGGAUUUCCACUCUGUAAGGGACAAUUUCAAAGAUGUAAAUUACCUGACAGAAGAAAAAGUGUAUGAGAUCUUAGACAUCUGUGGAGAGAAGGAAGAUUACUCUCCACUGAUCAGAGUAAUAGGCCGGGUGUUCUCCAGUGCUGAGGGUCUGGUGCAGAGCUUUCGGAGGUCCAAACCUCACACGAAGGAGGAGCUCAAGUCCCUUCAGGGUAAAGACGAGGACAAGGAUGAGGAUGAGAAGGAGGCAGCUGCCUGCUCUGCUACAGCUAUGGAGGAGGACUCCCCUGCCUCUUCUUCAUCAUCAAGACUGGGAGAGGGCUCCUCAGGAGAAAAUGAUGUCCAGAAGCUAGCCCCUGAUGAGGUUUCUGUGGACAUUGAAGCAGUGCGGCGAGUCUAUGAGCGCCUGCUGUCCAAUGAGAAGAUAGAAGCCGCCUUCCUGAAUGCACUGGUCUACCUCUCACCCAAUGUAGAGUGCGACCUGACAUACCAUAACGUGUAUUCACGAGAUCCAAACUACCUUAACCUGUUUGUUAUAGUAAUGGAAAACAGUAACCUUCACAGCCCAGAGUACUUGGAGAUUGCCCUCCCACAGUUCUGCAAGGCCAUGAGCAAACUCCCACUGGCAGCUCAGGCCAAGCUGGCACGCUUGUGGUCGCAUUAUAGUGCUAAACAGAUUCGGCGCAUGGUGGAGACCUUCCAGCAGCUUAUUACCUACAAGGUGAUCAGUAACGAGUUCAACAGCCGCAACUUGGUCAACGAUGAUGAUGCCGUGGUGGCAGCGACCAAGUGCUUGAAGAUCGUUUACUAUGCAAACGUCUUGGGUGGUGACCUUGAUGUGGAACACAACGAGGAAGAGGACGAGGAGCCAAUCCCAGAGUCCAGCGAGCUAACCCUACAGGAGCUCCUGGGCGAGGAACGGCGGAACAAGAAGGGCCCUCGGGUGGACCCACUCGAGACAGAGUUGGGGAUCCGAACCAACGAUUGUCGGCGACCACUUAUUCCCUUUGAGGAGUUUGUCAAUGAGCCUCUGAAUGAGGUACUGGAGAUGGACAAGGAUUACACUUUCUUUAAGGUUGAAACUGAAAACAAGUUCUCUUUUAUGACCUGUCCCUUCAUCUUGAAUGCUGUCACCAAGAACCUGGGUCUUUACUAUGACAACCGCAUUCGCAUGUACAGUGAGCGUCGUAUUACUGUACUGUACAGCCUGGUGCAAGGUCAGCAGCUUAAUCCCUACCUGAGGCUCAAAGUGCGCCGAGACCACAUCAUUGAUGACGCCCUGGUCAGGCUGGAAAUGAUAGCAAUGGAGAAUCCUGCAGACUUAAAGAAGCAGCUGUAUGUGGAGUUUGAAGGAGAGCAAGGUGUUGAUGAAGGAGGUGUUUCCAAAGAGUUUUUUCAGCUGGUGGUGGAGGAGAUAUUCAACCCAGAUAUUGGCAUGUUCACUUAUGAUGAGCGCACCAAACUGUUUUGGUUCAACCCAUCUUCGUUUGAAAAUGAGGGACAGUACACUCUAAUUGGCAUCGUUCUCGGUCUGGCCAUCUAUAACAACUGUAUCCUGGAUGUCCAUUUUCCUAUGGUGGUAUACAGGAAGUUGAUGGGCAAGAAAGGAACUUUCAGGGACUUGGCUGAUGCCAACCCAGUUUUGUAUCAGAGCCUGAAGGAACUGCUUGAGUAUGAAGGCAGCGUGGAGGAGGACAUGAUGAUCACUUUCCAGAUUUCCCAGACAGACCUGUUUGGAAACCCACUCAUGUACGAUUUAAGGGAAAAUGGGGACAAGAUUCCAGUCACGAAUGAAAACAGAAAGGAGUUUGUGGCACAGUAUGCAGAGUACAUGCUGAACAAAAGUGUGGAGAAGCAGUUCAAAGCAUUCAGAAGAGGUUUCCACAUGGUCACCAACGAGUCACCACUAAAAUAUCUGUUCAGACCAGAAGAAAUUGAGCUCCUGAUCUGUGGAAGCAGAAACCUGGAUUUCCUAGCACUUGAAGAAACCACAGAAUACGAUGGAGGUUACAACAGAGAUUCUCGAAUCAUCAAGGAGUUUUGGGAGACGUUGCACUCGUUUGGUGAGGAGCAGAAGCGCCUCUUUCUGCAGUUCACAACCGGCACUGAUAGAGCACCUGUGGGUGGGCUGGGCAAGCUGAAGAUGAUUAUUGCCAAGAACGGCCCUGACACAGACAGGUUACCAACGUCUCACACUUGCUUUAAUGUGCUUUUGCUGCCUGAGUACAGCAGCAAGGAGAAGCUGAGGGAGAGACUGCUGAAAGCCAUCACCUAUGCCAAAGGGUUUGGCAUGCUCUGAGCCCCUGCUCCAAACACACAGUAAACGGACUCCUUCUCAGAAAGCCCAUCAAACCCUGCCCGGCCCUUCCUUUAUCAGACACAAUCUAAAAAGGUGACAAAAGACAGACCAGAGUAUGUUUAGAAGUCAAGUGCAAAAAAAAAGCAAGUUAAUAAUGUAAGAAGAGAAAUGCUCCCAGUAUAGCGGUGUAGUAGUUCUUCUACUGUGCCUGCACCAUCCCACAUCAGUCAGUGUAAGCACAGAGUGAUCGGUCCCCACCCCAACGUCCACAUCAUGUAAUUGUGCUGCAGCGCCCCAUCUUUUUUUUUUCGAUGUACAGAGAGGAUCAUUUCCUUAUUAUUUAUUUCAAGGUUAAAAUGGGUUAUAUUUCAUACUUGCCUGUUGUGAUCGCUUCCCUACUUGGGGAGGAAAAAGGGGGAGGUUAAUAUUAAACUAUGUACUUUUGGGACGAUGCAUUUAAAAAGUAAAUAUAAACCUCAUUUAUUGAACAAAAGAGAUCGACCAUUUCACUCACAGCCAUCACAGCCAUCGGUUAUUGUUUCUACCAAGUCCAUUUUUGAUCAAGUUAAGAAUUUUAAAAGUCAUUUGGUCCAAAAUGGCGCAUUAACUGUUUUUCUUCUUUUUUUGUUUGUUUUUGUUUUGUUUUUGUUGUUGUUUUUUUUUUUUUAAUUUUGCUUUUUGUUGUGGGGAGGGGGUGGGGGCAGGUCAGAUUAAAAUCUCGUCAGAGCUGUGUAAGUGCACUUAGACAUUCUCAGAAUGUUUGUUUUUGGCCACAGGUUGCCAUGAUUGUUUAAAGCAUUUUAUUUCCAUGUCUUCCUGUGUUGAUGAUUCUAAAUAAAACAGUAUUUAUAUAUCA